UCCCGAAUUAUCAAACCACAUGGUUGGCCUGGCGGGAAAGACGGCCCGGGCUUUGUGGGAUCUGUAAAAGUGUAAACAUGGACGCAACAGGCCCGACAGACAUUGAUCAAAGACAGCGUGAAAUUCAGAGAGAAUAUUUGGAUUUCUUAGAUGACGGGAAUGAUCAGGGAAUCUAUGUGCAGAAGGUCCGGGAUAUGAUCGCAAACAACGAAGUGCGAUUAAUCAUAAAUAUCAAUGACUUGAGACGGAAGAACCCUGCCAGAGCAACGGCGUUGCUGACAGAGGCAUACCAGGAGCUGAUAGCUCUCCAGCGAGCGUUACGAGAGUUUGUGGCCUCGGCUGACCCAAUCUACAGCAAACAAUAUGAAGAGUUCUUUGUGGGAUUUGUUGGAAGUUUUGGAGCCAAGCAUGUCUCACCCAGGACCCUCACCUCGCGUUACCUUGGAAACCUAGUAUGUGUGGAGGGUAUUGUUACGAAAUGUUCCCUGAUCCGCCCCAAGGUGGUCCGCAGCGUUCACUACUGCCCUGCAACCAAGAAGACAAUGGAGAGACGCUACACAGACAUGACAUCCCUUGAGGCCUUCCCAUCCAGCUCUGCUUACCCAACAAAGGACGAAGAUGGUAACCUGCUGGAGACAGAGUAUGGACUCUCCAUCUACAAGGACCAUCAGACGUUCAGUAUACAGGAAAUGCCAGAGAAGGCACCUGCCGGUCAGCUGCCUAGAUCCGUAGACAUCAUCGCUGAUAACGACCUGGUGGACUCCUGCAAGCCGGGAGACAGAAUCCAGGUCAUAGGUACAUUCCGAUGUCUGCCGGGAAAGAAGAAUGGAUACACCUCCGGAACAUUCAGAACGAUUCUUCUCGCCAACAAUGUACAACUAAUGAGUAAGGAAGUCUCGCCAACAUUCUCUGCAGAAGACGUGGCAAAGAUCAAGAAAUUCAGUCGUCAAAAGAACAUUGAUGUUUUUGAUGUCCUUGGCAAAUCUCUCGCCCCCUCAAUCCACGGCCACGAGUACAUCAAGAAAGCGGUAUUGUGCAUGUUGCUAGGGGGAACAGAGAAAGUGCUAGCCAAUGGCUCGCGUCUGAGAGGGGAUAUCAAUGUACUGCUCAUUGGUGACCCUUCUGUGGCAAAGUCCCAGAUGCUCAGGUAUGUUUUGUACACGGCUCCCAGGGCGGUCACCACAACUGGUCGAGGCUCCUCAGGGGUGGGUCUCACUGCUGCCGUGACGACGGACCAGGAGACAGGUGAGCGGAGACUGGAGGCAGGCGCCAUGGUGCUGGCUGACCGUGGAGUGGUCUGCAUAGACGAGUUUGACAAGAUGUCUGACAUGGAUCGUACAGCCAUACACGAGGUCAUGGAACAGGGACGUGUCACCAUCUCCAAGGCCGGCAUACAUGCCAAGCUCAACGCCCGCUGUAGCGUGCUGGCCGCUGCCAACCCCGUGUAUGGAAGGUAUGACCAGUUCAAGACACCCAUGGAGAACAUUGGUCUACAGGACUCCCUCCUCUCCCGUUUUGAUCUGAUCUUCAUUGUGCUGGACAAGAUGGACCCAGAGUUGGACCGGAACAUCUCUGACCACGUGUUGAGGAUGCACAGAUAUCGAGGACCCACUGAGCAAGAUGGGGAUGUGCUACCUCUUGGACUGGGCGUAGACAUGUUAGCCACGACUGACCCAGACUUUGAAGGAGAUGAGGAGACUGAGACCCCAGUCUACGAGAAACACGACAAGAUGUUGCACGGGCCUGCAAAGGCUAAACAACAGAUUGUGAGCAUGCAGUUCAUGCGCAAGUAUGUUCAUGUGGCGAAGGCACUACGGCCCAACCUGACCCAGCCAGCCGCCGACCUUCUGGCAGAGGAGUACUCCAAACUGCGUGGCCAUGACGCCAUGAGUCAGGACAAUGUGGCCAGGACGACGCCAGUGACUGCCCGUACCCUUGAGACAAUGAUUCGUCUAGCCACGGCCCACGCCAAGUGUCGCCUCUCCAAGACUGUCGACCUGAAGGACGCAGAGGCAGCUGUGGAGCUUAUAGAAUAUGCCUACUUCAAAAAGGUGGAGAAGAGGCAGCGCAAGCGUCGUCAUAGUGGUGAGGAGGAAGGGGAGAGCAGUCAGGAGGAGGGGGAGGAGGAGGGGCUCACAGCAGGAGAAACCUAAGAGGAAAAAGAGAGAACAGCGAGAGAGGCGCCCCUCACGUAAGGAAGGGGACGAGGGCUAUGACCCCUAUGACUUUGAGGAGGACGAAGCUGCAUCUGCUGAUGAAGGCACAGAGACCCGCCCCCGACGGAAGCCCAGGUCCCAGGAUGCUGUUGUCA